UUUAUAUGCAGCCAAUGGAUAUCCUUCACCACUACAAUUCAUUCAACUAAUAAGCCAUUGGUCCAGUCUUGCCAAGUGCGCUUACAGUUUCCGCACCCUUCAAGAAAUACAAGAAUACUGUAUAAAUCUCUCGAAUCACGUCAUGGAUGAUGAGGAGUUUCAAAUUGGGAGUGGAAACUGGUCUCAGCUAAGCAAAAACAGCAGACGUUCUUCGUCGUCGCCACCAACACCACCAUCUACCCACGUUUGGCCGAUACAAGUGGUAGAUGUUACGAAACAGCCUCUUCAUCAAGAUCAUCCAAAUUUGCAGUACAUGACGGGCUUAGGACUCGCAUCUCAACCCGUGGAAUGGAACCAACCUUCUUUAUUUCGGGGUGGUAUCGAAAAAAGUGAUGAGAACUUCAGCUUUAGGUCGAUGCUUCAAGAAGAUCAUGAUCAUUCACGCUCAACCACUACAAGUUUUCAACAAGCUGAGCAGCCGUGGAUGCCGAGAUCACAGAAAUUAGUAUCGUACUCAUCAUCAUCAUCAGCAACCGCAGAUUCUGAAGCCGUUUUUUCUUCACUAAACCUAUCGCAAUUUACGAGCACUACACAUCAUCACCACCUAAAUCCGAAUAAUAUUGAUCAUAGUUUUAGUCCCUAUCCCACAAGCUACGGAACGAAUUCUUCAUCGUCAUCCGGUCGUGAUCAUCGGCAAUUCAUUUUUCAACCUAAUUCCUUGCAGGCGCCGAAUAACAAACCCCCGAAUCAGUUACACUUGUCCAAUAAGGCUCCCUUUUGGAAUGCAUCACCGGCUGCUCCGAUCAUAAAUCACGACGUCAGAUCAAACUUAUUCCCUUCUUUGCAAAUGCAAUCGCCUUCCUCAACUUUCGAUGAAAAGCCCAAGGAAAGUAGCAGCAGUGAAACAUCAAACAAAAGGCCUCGGAAUGAAACGCCAUCACCUUUGGCAGCUAAGCCCAAGAAAGAGAAAAUGGGGGACAGAAUCACUGCACUUCAACAAUUAGUGUCACCUUUUGGAAAGACUGACACAGCAUCAGUGCUAUCGGAAGCUAUUGAAUACAUCAAGUUCCUCCAUGAACAAGUCGGUGUUUUAAGUAAUGCAUACAUGAAAAGUGGAGCUCCCAUCCAACAACAGAAAUGUGAGAAAUCAAGUGAUGAAGAAGGGCAGCAACAAGAUCUGAGAAGCCGAGGGCUAUGUCUAGUCCCAGUUUCAAGCACAUUCCCGGUCACCCACGAGACGACGGUUGAUUUCUGGAAUCCCACAUUUGGAGGAAGUUUCAGAUGAAUUUCGAUGACAAAUUUUAAUUCAUUUGAUCCAAAGACCAGCCGGGGGUUAUGUGAUCUUAAUCUGCGGCUAAUAUAGCUAGCCCUGAUACUAAAAUAGGGUAGAGAUAAUUGAGGCGGCAAGGAGCCGUGCAGUUUGUACAAGGCUCCAAAUGAAAAGGUGGUGAAAUAAUGUUGGGACAGGGACUCGAUCGAGGUGAAGUGUGAAUGAUGCAGCUAGCUUUGGAAGAUUAUAUAGGGAUCAUAUCAUGAUCGAUUGGAGCUAUACGGAAUAUAUUGAUGUUGUUGAUAAUUACUCAUGUAAUGAUAACUACACAACUAAUUACUACAAUUAAAGCAGAUUGAUUAGGAAUGAGAUGAUGUUCAGUUGAUCCCUACUCAUGUGCCAGGAGAAAGAGGGUACGAGUUUAUUUAUCAAAUCAGAGGAUUUUAUUUUCUUCU